UUAUUUGUCACAGAGCACUUUUUUUUAAAUGCAGUUGCAUACGAUCGCUUCAUUGCAAUCUGCAACCCACUGUUGUAUACUGCUCUCAUGUCCAAAAAGCUCUGUUAUUUGCUCGUGGCUGUUUCGUACCUAACAAGUUGUGUGAAUGCAGCGGUCCAGACUUCAUUUAUAUUUAGUUUGUCCUUCUGUAGAUCCAACAUCAUCAACCAUUUCUUCUGUGAUGUGGUCCCUAUUCUAAGGCUCUCCUGUUCAGAUACAAGAGUCAUUGAUAUGAUUCAUUAGUUCUCAACAGCAGUUGUAUCAAUACCUAUCCUGGGUAUUCUGGUGUCUUACAGUUACAUACUUGUCACCAUCCUUCGGAUCAGCUCAGCCGAGGGCAGACGAAAAGCCUUCUCCACCUGUGCCUCCCACCUUACAGCUGUCACCAUUUUCUAUGGCACAGUUGCUUUCAUGUACUUAAGGCCCAGUUCAAAAUAUUCAGUGGAGCAAGACAAAAUCAUCUCUGUGUUUUACACCCUUGCAAUACCUAUGCUGAAUCCACUCAUCUACAGUCUGAGAAACAAGGAGGUAAAAGAGGCUUUCAAAAGGAUGGUUGGGGAAAGGAUUAUCUCUCAGAGAUGA